AUGGACAAUGCUGACUAUUGUACUUGUACUCCUGGACAGUGCGAUGGAAAUGUUCCCUGCAGAGCCUGCAUUUCAAAAAGACGAGAUUGCCAGCAAAAUGGAACCGACAUGAGAGGAAGAUGGCGGAAGACAGGUCGUGAUUUUGCAGAAAGACAAGGAAAGUCAAGAUCCAGAGAACCCCAAGAUAAGAGUGACCAGAACACCUCAAGGCCGCCAGUAUUGCACACUAGAAGUCACCAAGAAGAUGUCUCUGAAGACCAAAAUGGGCAUAAAGGAUUGCCAGAUGAGAGUAUAACACCAUUCUCCGGUGAGACAUCUCUAGCACACAACAUAACCGUUGUGGAAGGCAGGCUAGAGCAGAUGGGCGUGAGAUAUGCCAGACUUCGAUCUGAAUCGCCCAAUCACUCUUUUUCCUCCCAGUUAACACCGUCUCCGCAAGCAUCGCCAAAGGGAAAUCACCGACAACAGACCAAGAGCUAUGUAUAUCAAGCUCUAGACUCCCAUAAGAUAGUACCAGAUCGCGUACAAUGGGACCGUGCUAUGAAGACCUUUUGUGAUGAAGUUCAUAUUCUGGUUCCCUUUUUACACUUGCCUUCAGUGUGGGAAGCAUAUGAAAGACUCUGGGAAAGCUUCCUCGUCCCCAGCGCAAGUCAUUACUCACGUGGCGAGUGGAGGUUUACUUUUGCGUGUGUGCUGCUGUGCCUUGCUAAUGGCACAUGCGUUGAGUCUUCACGCGUAGAUGGCCAACAAGGGCAGUACUCCGCCGGUUGGAGCCUGUACCGAGCGGCGAGGGACGUAAUUGGAGACCUCUUAGAUGUUUUCGGUGAGUGUACCGAUCAGAUACUCCUGCUACAAAAUAUUCUAUUGAUGGUUAUCUAUCUGUUUCGACUUGAUUCCCAUGGACCAGCGGAAAAGCUCUUAGCCCUUUCAAUAUCCCAUUCGCACCACAUCGGACUGCAACGUCGUCAGGUGGUGGAAGCAAUGAACCCUUUUGAAAGUGAAAUGGCUCGUCGUCUGUGGUGGUGUAUAUAUCUCAUGGACAGAAGAUUAGCGAUUGAGACUGGUCGUCCAUUCCUCAUUCAGGACUUGAACGUUGACAUUGGCCUUCCUCGAAGUAUGAGUGAUGAGUGGCUUAGCAAACACCGAGGGACCUCUCAUCCGCUGCAGCCCGAGGAUACUGGUACUGGAAACUCUCCUACUACCGUACCAUACCUCAUUGCUAUGGCUAGCUACUCGAAGGUGGUAGGCAAAGUCUGGGAAGCUCUGUACGGUGCUUCAACGUCGGACUCAACCCCAAGUCCAUUUCUCAAAGAAUAUUUGGAACUCCUCAUAACACAAUCCCAAAGUGAUCUUCAACCAGAGUUUUCCUACGACCCGCAACGGCCGGGAAGCUACAAAGCAAGAGGAUUAGCGUGGUGGCAGAUCAAGCAACAGUUGAUGAUGCGGAUUCGAUGGUCGUCACUUUACCUUCUAAUCAGAAAGCCAAUGCUUCAGCGUAAAGGAGCUUCAUCUUUGCCAGUACCAGAAGCCAUUGAAAACGAAGUGAUUUGUAUGCGCCUAGCCCAGAGCAUAAUUGAAGACUUCAGCAACGUGGCAGAAGAUCAUCCAAAGUAUACGUUUCCCUUUCUGCACUACCUAACCAGUGCUACUAUCAUCGCGCUCGGGUUGAUCAUCAAACAAAGUUCUUUCAAACAUACCUACGGGGAAUUGACGUUGGAAGCUGCGCGAUCACUGAAGAAACACUGCCGCAAGACCUGGGUCUCAGGCAGAAUGGCCCGGGCUGUCUGGAAGCUGAACCAAAUGGCUGAAGCAAUCAUGAAUCCAGGGACUCGUCUAACCGAAAACUUGCUUCAACGUCGCCUUCGUCCUCUCGGCAAACACAAAUUCGUCAAGCCAUUGAUCGAGACCCACCAGUCGCGGGACACAUGGAUCUAG